GGGGGUGGAGGGACACCAUGCCAGGGGCCAAGGCUGUGUGCCUGGUGAGUGCUUGGUAAAUGCCAGUGUGCAUCUGCCUCACUACCAGGGGUGGCACAUCACAGAUUGUGUGACCCUCCUUGGUUCUGAUUCAGUAGGUCUGGGGGGUGGUGCUGAAAAUUUUCAUCUCUAAUAAUUUCCCAGGUGAUGCUGCUGCUGCUGGCCUGGAGUUCACAAUUUGAGAACCACAGUUCCAGGUCACAUUUAGCUCAAGUAUUUCGGUUUUUGAUGCCUAUACAAAAAUGAGGUGCUUAAGACAGAGGUAGCAAGCAGGCAAGGGUCUAAUGAUUUAUUCCAUGUAGUAUGUUCUAAGAAAAAGAGGACAAAACCAUCUCACUUACAGUUCAAGUUGGUUUGCUAAAUUCUUUCAGCCCAUUAGUACAUGAGAAUGAUGUUUUCAUCCACUGUUCAUUUAUAAUUAUUGAAAGAGAAAUGUGAAAGAAAGGCUCUCAGGAGUAACAAGUAGAAAUAUAAAUUGACAACAACAGUUUUAUUGUGCUUUGGGCCUCUAGGAACUUGCUUUUAGUCACCGUGUGUUAGCUUUUCCUGUGUAUAUUUACUUUCAGUGGAAAACAUGAAUAAGCUUCAUUUCUAAAAGGUAAUCAUAGAGAACACUAAUUUGACAGUCAUAUAACUCAUGUAGGUUUUGACUAAAGUUACCACUGUUUGUUGGUCUGCUAUGUCUUUGGGUAACUUUCUUAUAACUCUGAAUGGAUAGGAAGUGGAUUUAGCAACAGUUAUGCUGAUCUAUUUGAGAGAAACAAAAAUAUUUCCUUGGUCUUUGAAGUACUAGAGAAUCAUAGCUUUUGAAAUGAAAAAAAUAAAAAAUAAAAAGAGAGAUCUAACUGCUUAAUUGUAAAUUAAUAGUUCAAUGGCCACGUCUUCAUCAGUAUGUUAGAUAUCACUGUAUGUUUUCAUUAUACUUUUCCAUUAUGCUCUGGCUUAUGCCUAUUUGAUCUCUUUUGCUUUCUUUGACUUGUAACUGUUUUAUUAUCACCCAUAUGUAACACGCUAUGACCGACCUUCAGCAGUAAUUGUUGAGUGCUCUCGCUGUAUACAACAGUGCUCCUGCAAUUAUGGGCAAUAAGUAAUAGGGCUAUUGAGGGGAAAAAAAAGAGAAUUGUGGGAAGGAUUGUGUAUGUAAGCACAAAGAAAACUCAAUUUUCUUCCAUACGAUAUUAGUUUGGGCCAAAGGUUAAAAGUGUUAACCACAUUAUUCUCUUGGGAAAAAGUAACAUGGCACGUUUUCUUCAUGUGAAAACAGUAAAAUUUUUUUCUGCCUUCACAGAUAAAUCUCCUCAUUUCCUCCGUCUGGGGGACGUGGAGGUCAAUGCAGGGCAGAACGCUACAUUUCAGUGUAUUGCUACAGGGAGAGAUGCUGUGCAUAACAAGUUAUGGCUGCAGAGACGAAAUGGAGAAGAUAUACCAGUAGCCCAGACCAAGAACAUCAAUCACAGAAGAUUUGCUGCUUCCUUUAGAUUGCAGGAAGUGACCAAAACUGACCAGGAUUUGUAUCGCUGUGUAACUCAGUCAGAACGAGGCUCCGGUGUGUCCAAUUUUGCUCAACUUAUCGUAAGAGAACCACCAAGACCCAUUGCUCCACCCCAGCUGCUCGGUGUUGGGCCUACAUACUUGCUGAUUCAGCUGAAUGCCAACUCCAUCAUUGGGGAUGGUCCCAUUAUCCUGAAAGAAGUGGAGUACCGAAUGACGUCAGGAUCCUGGACAGAGACGCAUGCCGUCAAUGCUCCAACUUACAAAUUAUGGCAUUUGGAUCCAGAUACUGAAUAUGAGAUCCGUGUUCUGCUUACAAGACCUGGUGAAGGUGGAACGGGGCUCCCAGGACCUCCUCUAAUCACGAGAACCAAAUGUGCAGAACCUAUGCGAACCCCAAAGACUUUAAAGAUUGCUGAGAUACAGGCAAGACGCAUUGCUGUGGACUGGGAAUCCUUGGGUUAUAACAUUACUCGGUGCCACACUUUUAAUGUCACUAUCUGCUACCAUUACUUCCGUGGCCACAAUGAGAGCAAGGCAGACUGUUUGGACAUGGACCCCAAAGCCCCUCAGCAUGUUGUGAACCAUCUGCCACCUUAUACAAAUGUCAGCCUCAAGAUGAUCCUAACCAAUCCAGAAGGCAGGAAAGAGAGUGAAGAGACAAUUAUUCAAACUGAUGAAGAUGUGCCUGGCCCUGUACCAGUCAAUUCUCUUCAAGGAACAUCUUUUGAAAAUAAAAUCUUCUUGAACUGGAAAGAACCUUUGGAUCCAAAUGGAAUCAUCACUCAAUAUGAGGUCAGCUACAGCAGCAUAAGAUCAUUUGAUCCUGCAGUUCCAGUGGCUGGACCUCCCCAGACUGUAUCAAAUUUAUGGAACAGCACCCACCAUGUCUUCAUGCAUCUGCAUCCUGGAACCACCUACCAGUUUUUCAUAAGAGCCAGCACAGUCAAAGGCUUCGGGCCAGCCACAGCCAUCAAUGUGACCACCAAUAUCUCAGCUCCAACUUUACCUGACUACGAAGGAGUCGAUGCCUCUCUCAAUGAAACGGCCACCACAAUAACUGUAUUGUUGAGACCAGCACAGGCCAAAGGGGCACCAAUCAGUGCCUAUCAGAUUGUUGUGGAGGAGUUGCACCCACACCGAACCAAGAGAGAAGCUGGAGCCAUGGAAUGCUACCAGGUUCCCGUUACAUACCAAAAUGCCCUGAGUGGGGGUUCUCCAUACUACUUCGCUGCGGAACUACCCCCAGGGAAUCUUCCUGAACCUGCCCCAUUCACAGUGGGUGACAACAGGACCUAUCAGGGCUUUUGGAACCCUCCUUUGGCUCCACGCAAAGGAUACAACAUCUACUUCCAGGCAAUGAGCAGUGUGGAGAAGGAAACUAAAACCCAGUGUGUACGAAUCGCUACAAAAGCAGCAGCAACAGAAGAACCAGAAGUGAUUCCAGACCCAGCCAAGCAGACAGACAGAGUGGUGAAAAUAGCAGGAAUUAGUGCUGGAAUUCUGGUGUUCAUCCUCCUCCUCCUAGUUGUCAUACUCAUUGUAAAAAAAAGCAAGCUUGCUAAAAAACGCAAAGAUGUUAUGGGCAACACCCGACAGGAGAUGACUCACAUGGUGAACGCCAUGGACCGAAGUUACGCUGAUCAGAGCACCCUGCAUGCAGAAGACCCGCUUUCCAUCACGUUCAUGGACCAGCAUAAUUUCAGUCCAAGAUAUGAGAACCACAGUGCUACAGCUGAGUCCAGUCGUCUUCUAGAUGUACCUCGCUACCUCUGUGAGGGGACAGAAUCCCCUUACCAGACGGGUCAGCUGCACCCAGCCAUCAGGGUUGCCGACUUAUUGCAGCACAUUAAUCUCAUGAAGACAUCAGACAGCUAUGGGUUCAAAGAGGAAUACGAGAGCUUCUUUGAAGGACAGUCAGCAUCUUGGGAUGUAGCUAAAAAAGAUCAAAAUAGAGCAAAAAAUCGAUAUGGAAACAUUAUAGCAUAUGACCACUCCAGAGUAAUUCUGCAACCUGUUGAAGAUGAUCCUUCUUCAGAUUACAUUAAUGCCAACUACAUAGAUGGCUACCAGAGACCAAGCCACUACAUUGCAACUCAAGGCCCAGUUCAUGAAACAGUAUAUGAUUUCUGGAGAAUGAUCUGGCAAGAACAGUCUGCCUGCAUUGUGAUGGUUACAAAUUUAGUUGAGGUUGGCCGGGUUAAAUGCUAUAAGUAUUGGCCUGAUGAUACUGAAGUUUAUGGUGACUUCAAAGUCACUUGUGUGGAAAUGGAACCACUUGCUGAAUAUGUAGUUAGGACAUUCACUCUGGAAAGGAGGGGGUACAAUGAGAUCCGUGAAGUUAAGCAGUUCCACUUCACCGGCUGGCCUGACCACGGAGUGCCGUACCAUGCCACAGGGCUCCUCUCCUUCAUCCGGCGAGUGAAGUUCUCCAACCCUCCCAGCGCGGGCCCCAUCGUCGUGCAUUGCAGUGCUGGUGCUGGACGAACUGGCUGUUACAUUGUGAUCGACAUCAUGCUGGACAUGGCUGAAAGAGAGGGUGUUGUGGACAUCUACAACUGUGUCAAAGCCUUAAGAUCUCGUCGUAUCAAUAUGGUCCAGACAGAGGAACAGUACAUUUUUAUUCAUGAUGCCAUUUUAGAAGCCUGUUUAUGUGGUGAAACUGCCAUACCUGUCUGUGAAUUUAAAGCUGCAUAUUUUGAUAUGAUUAGAAUAGACUCUCAGACUAACUCUUCACAUCUCAAAGAUGAAUUCCAGACCUUGAAUUCAGUCACCCCUCGACUGCAAGCUGAAGACUGCAGUAUAGCGUGUCUGCCCAGAAACCAUGACAAGAACCGUUUUAUGGACAUGCUGCCACCUGACAGAUGUCUGCCUUUUUUAAUUACAAUUGAUGGAGAGAGUAGUAACUACAUCAAUGCUGCUCUUAUGGACAGCUACAGGCAACCAGCUGCUUUCAUCGUCACACAAUACCCUCUGCCGAACACUGUGAAAGACUUCUGGAGAUUAGUGUAUGAUUAUGGCUGUACCUCCAUUGUGAUGUUAAAUGAAGUCGACUUGUCCCAGGGCUGCCCUCAGUACUGGCCAGAAGAAGGGAUGUUACGAUAUGGCCCUAUCCAAGUGGAAUGUAUGUCUUGUUCGAUGGAUUGUGAUGUGAUAAACCGGAUUUUUAGGAUAUGCAAUCUAACAAGACCACAAGAAGGCUAUCUGAUGGUACAGCAGUUUCAGUAUCUAGGGUGGGCCUCUCACCGAGAAGUGCCUGGCUCCAAACGGUCAUUUUUGAAACUGAUACUGCAGGUGGAAAAAUGGCAGGAGGAAUGUGAGGAAGGGGAAGGCCGGACCAUCAUCCACUGCCUAAAUGGUGGUGGGCGAAGCGGUAUGUUCUGUGCCAUAGGCAUUGUUGUCGAAAUGGUGAAGCGGCAAAAUGUUGUCGACGUGUUCCACGCAGUCAAGACACUGAGGAACAGCAAGCCAAACAUGGUGGAAGCCCCGGAGCAGUACCGUUUCUGCUAUGAUGUAGCCCUGGAGUACCUGGAAUCUUCUUAGUCGGGUGAGACUUCGGAACACAGCCACGCAGAAACCUGUUCAUCUGUUGAGCCAGCAGCUGUUGUACCUGUUACACCUGUGCAGAAAGAUUUUAAUGUGGGGGGUGGGAGGCUUUUACAUUCAAGAAGUAAAAGUAUUUUUCUUAUGAAGUUGUGUAUCUUAAUAAAAAGGACUCAACUAGUUUCUAUUACCGUAUGAAAGCAUCGACAUUUCGUGCCGCAUAAAUUAUAUUUAAUAAGAACCAGAUUCAAAUGAGAACUUCUCAGUGUUUGUACAGUGAAUACGCAGCUUUUUCUCCCCUGGUUUUGGUAGAGCAGCCACCAUGUGUUGCAUGAAUUAAUACUUUCUAUGUGACAUUUUUUUCUCCCUUUUUUAGAUAAAAGAUGUUAAAUCUUUAAGGAAGAAGUAAGAAAAGCUGUGCAAAUUCAUAGUAAAGUUCAUUUUUUAUAUGUUUCAAGUGUAGCAGAUCUCUAUAUAAAUAUAUAAAUAUAUAUAACUGGCUUAUUUUCUUUUAAUGUGCAAUGAUGGCUAGAUCAUUUAAAGUUCUUUUUAGAAAAAACAUAAGCCAAAGACUCAAGUGUAAAUAUGUCUAUACGGAGAAAGCACAUUAUAUUUAUUGGUUACUUACAUUCCUUUUUUGAUGGCUAAAAUACUACCACCACACAAUCAUUUUUUUUUUCUGAAGAAAACUUUUUCUUUCACUAAAAUCAAUUGUAAACGAUUUUUGUAGAUUAUUUUUUGUAUGUUUUAGUGUAAGUAGAGGAUAAACUUUUUAUUCAUAAACCAGGAAGCAAUGUUCUUUAUAGUGAUUCUCUUGUGUACAUGCUUGUGAAUUAAAUUUAUGUAAAACACCUUGGCAAUUGGGUCUCUUAAUAUAGGACCAAAUUAAAACAUUUUGCUGAAAAUGUAUAAUUUUCCACAAUUUCAUUAGGUAAAUAAUUGUUUGGUGAUCAUACAUGAGAAUUGCACACAUUCAAAGGCCUUGCUGAUCACUUGUGCAAUGUUGAACACAGCCUUUUAGCAUCGUUUAAAUUUUAAAGGAAUUGAUUUUUCUCAGCCUGUGACCAAGCACUGGUCAAGAAAACAAAAUGGCAAAAUUUAUGCUUUCAGAGUCAAGUUUUAGCAAACUGUAAACCAUCAACACUAUAAAGCGUUUCUUUUGAUGUUUACAUGCACAAGCUUUGGAUUCGGACCAUAGAGAGUGAGAACAAAUCAGUGCCAGAUUCCUGUUUGUGCAUGGCCAUGGGAUUUGCAAGUGAACCUUUCCAAAUGUGGUCUUGUUCAUAUGCUCCAUGUAGCUGUAACUUCACACCAUCAGCUUGCAGUUUGUUAUUGACUGAAGCGUUCCAGUAUCCUCCUUCUAGAUUGCCAGUACAUGACAUGGUGCUUAUCAAGAUUUAACUAAAGUAAGAGUGAAAUAAAGGUUUUAUAAUUACAACAAUUGUUUGCGCAUCAUUUUCUCUUAAUCUUCAUGUCUUCACUCCCCCCAAAAUUGUCUCUUCUCACUGAUACUAGUAGACCACUAAAAUUCUAUUAAAAGUAAAACGAAUGUCCAAGCACUAAUAUCUUUCUUUUUUAAUUGAAUGUCAGCCAGUCCAGAUGAGUGGAAGGGAUAAAGGCCAGAAGAUUGGCAUACUUUUUUUAAAAUUUCUA